GUAGAGCAAAUCUCUGGUGGUGAGGUCUUGAUCGCGUCGAUCUGAGACUGGCAAGGCCCCUGCAGCAGUACAACAUGUAGUUGACCCCGUGUUUGCAGUUUACCUGCGGCACCUGGGACACUCGAAGAUUCGCCAAGGCAACUUAGAGCCGCAUGGUCGCAACAAGCAUGCACCGGCCAGGCUAUCAAUCCGAGCCCGUAUAUCGUUAUUUAUAUAAAAUAUGAUAUUUGGCAGGCUACAUCUCCGCUUUGUUUCCUAGUCGGGACUCGGAUCCCUCCGAGAUCGCGGGCACGUGCAGGUGACGGGAUCUCGUCACAUCACAGUCCACUUUUGUCGUCUCGCCUGAUAAUACAUCCAUGGCUUUUGCUCAACAACCAGACGGACGUGCAGGUGGGCGGUUUCCUCUUUGGGUUGUGUUCUGCGAGUAGGGUCUAGUCCAUCAAAUCUUUUCAGACAGAGACCAAGCCCGCUGUUCGUCCUGCAUGUCUGACUGUCGUUUGGACAAACAGUGUUUCACGGCAAGUAGACAGACGCAGUGCCUACCUUGUGUUAGCAUGCAGAUAUCCUCUUCUGGGCCCCGUGGCUUUGAGACUUAUAACGGUCACGCUAGAACCAAGGUCUUCUCAUCAUCGUGAUAAUGUCGUGUGUGUAGGCGUGCGUUUACCCACAAAUGCCCUCCCAAGAGUUCCAGCCCAAAUGUUCCUCAACAAAUUCGUGCUGCUCGUCGGAACAAGCUGUUGCAGCUUGGUAGCGGCGGCGGGCGCUGGGCAAUAUAUGAGACGAGACUUGGGGUCGAUCCAAGGUGCCCUAGCAGGCGUCAACACCGCGCUCGCAAGACUCGACAGCGCCAUUCUCAAGAAUCCAGCGGACCCAAAGGUCCUCUUCACCAGCAUUAGUGUCCUCGAGUCCAUCCAGCAGGCGACAGACUCCAUAAACGCCUCCCAGCCCCUAGGGUCAGAUGAUACAUCCAACCUCAAGGCCACGACCGACAGCCUCGUGUCAAACGUCAACCUCACAGUGACGGACCUAAUCAAGCAAAAGCCUGUCUUCGACCGUCUCAAGCUGGACAAGGUCGUCCUACUCCAGGUCCAGAAUAUUCAAGGCGCCGCGCUGGUCCUCGCGUCCACCCUCGCCAGCAAGGUCGACCCGACGGCGUCCGCCCUUGCCCUUGACGGCAUCAGCGCCCUCAACGCGGCGCUUCAGCGGGGCAUCGAGGUGUACUCGGGCACCGCUGCAGGUCCCACGUUCACCGUCACCGAAUCCCCGGCCGUCGAACUCACAACCAUCCGAUCCUCAAGCAUCGGACCUCUUGCCGCCAAGCUCGCCAUCGAGUGUUCCACAACCAAAUCCGCCCACAGGAAGUAUUGGUCCGGGGCCAUGGACGAUGACUAUGCCUAUCCCUGGCACGUUUGA